GUGACAGACAGGUAGGGACCUCCUGCGCCUUCUACGAGUUCUCUCGGUCAUUCUGCAAUUCCCCUUGCAUCCCCUCCAUCCACAUAUCAACCAUGAGCCACGAAACCUCUGCAGCGUCGCUCGGCCUCGACUCCCUCGGCAUCCACAACCAAGCCACCGUCUACCACAACUUGCCCUACGCCGACAUUGCCGAGCACGAAGCCCGCUUCCACGAAGGCGUGUUCACUGCCAACGGCACGUUCGCCGUUGAUACGGGCAAAUUCACUGGUCGGUCCCCGCUAGACAAGUUUGUGGUGCGCCAGGCCCCUUCCGACAAGCACGUGGACUGGGGCGAUGUGAACCAGCCUACGACGCUUGCCGUGUUUGACGCGUUGUACAAGAAGGCGACCCAGCACUACUCGACUGUGGACAAGCUGUACGUGUUCGACGGGUACUGCGGCGCCAACGAAAACUCGCGCCUGAAGGUCCGCAUCAUCACGGAAUUGGCAUGGCAGCACCACUUUGUGACCAACAUGUUUCUGCGUCCGGAGUUCAAGGACGUGGCGGCGCCGUCGGCGUUCUCGGCGGAUUUUACCAUCAUCAACGCGUGCAACGUGGUGGACGAAGACUGGCAAGCCCAUGGCUUGCACUCGGAAGUGUUCGUUGUGUUUAACAUUGAAGCCAAGGUGGCGGUGAUUGGCGGCACGUUUUACGGCGGCGAGAUGAAGAAGGGCAUCUUCUCGAUGAUGAACUACCUCCUGCCCCUCCGCGGGAUCAUGCCCAUGCACGCAUCCGCGAACAAGGGCCUCAAGGGCGACACGGCGCUCUUCUUUGGGCUGUCGGGCACCGGCAAGACCACGCUCAGUGCCGACCCGAAGCGCCUCUUGAUUGGCGACGACGAGCACGGGUGGGACGACCAAGGCAUUUUCAACUUUGAAGGCGGGUGCUACGCCAAGACCAUCAACCUGUCGCAGGAAAACGAGCCCGAGAUCUUUGCCGCGAUCUGCCGCGACGCCAUGCUCGAAAACGUGUGGCUGGACGAGAACGGCGUCCCAGACUACUACAAUGUGACCAAAACCGAGAACGGCCGCGUGAGCUACCCACUGUAUCACAUUGUGAACCACGACCCGUCCGCCCAAGGCGGCCACCCCAAAGUUGUGAUCUUUUUAACUUGCGACGCGUACGGCGUGCUGCCCCCCGUGGCCAAGCUUACCCCCGGCCAAGCGCAAUUCCAUUUCCUGUCGGGAUACACGGCCAAGGUUGCGGGCACGGAGCGCGGUAUCACGGAGCCCGUGGCGACGUUUUCGGCGUGCUUUGGCGCGGCGUUUAUGACCCAGCACCCCAUUGUGUACGCGGACCUGCUCAAGUCCAAGAUUGAAGCCCAUGACACCAACGUGUACCUGGUCAACACGGGGUGGACUGGCGGCGCGUACGGCGUCGGCAAGCGCAUGUCGCUCAAGUACACGCGCAAGUGCAUUGACGCCAUCUUGGACGGAUCGAUCGAAGAAGCGGUGUUUGUGGAGGACCCGAUUUUCCACGUGAAUGUGCCCACGACCGUCACAGACGUCCCGUCCGACCUGCUCAAGCCGGAACUGGCGUGGGCCGACAAGAAGGCGUACGCGGCCACGGCGCAAAAGCUCGCGCUCGCGUUCCAGCAAAACUUCAAGCAAUAUGUGCUGCCCAACCACACGGACUACUCGUCGUAUGGCCCGACCUUAGCCAGCAACUAAAACACACUGCACCUUCCUAAAUAUAUAUAAUUCAACUAGUAUACAAUCCCA